AUGGCAACAACGGAUUCUCACUACAAACAUCGACGACAGAGAGAUCCUUCGUGGUAUCUCGAACAAGAAGCCGAUCACAUAGAUACUCCUCUCAUGAACUACUCAUUAACUGAUAUCAGGGAUCUUACCUCCCCCAACGCACGCAGACACAGACACAGGCGCCGAAACGCCAUAUCCAGCACCAUACCGCUAGACACGCUAGACACGCUAGACAGAGACGACACCCAGCUGCUUCUUUCUUACAAUAACGACAGCAUGGACUUCACCGCCCAUGGUCUUGGUUCUUGUCCGAGGCAAUCAGAUUUUGAUGCUCGACGCGGCAGAGUUGGUCGAAGAAGAAGAUCAACUGCCGCUCCCGCCAGAAGAAGAGAGGCAGGACCAGGACCAGAAAGCGACGGUAGUUCGGGACGCCUCUCUGGAAGCAGCAGAAGUCCCCGACGCCCAAGUCGCAUCCGACCACCCAGAAACGACAGCAUUUCCAUCACAUCAAGCAACGCUAUGGCAGGUGUAGCCAGAGCCACAGCCGAGAGCACGUCGCUUUCGGAGUUCUUGCAGCUCUCGAUUGCCUACACAGCUUCUCUGGCAGAUCAAGUAUCUGAUGAUGAAUCCGUUUAUCUUGCUUUUGAAGAAGCGUCAAUUGACCUUUCGGAGGCUAUCGCUGAUGGCAGCAGAACCUCAGAGACAGUCGUCACAUCAACCAGCAACUCAGAGGCAGCCGGCGCAGUGACCGACAAUUCCGUGGCAGGAACCAGCAACACCAAUCCAGAUGGCAACCCGCGCAGAGCCAGGACAACACGACGCCCAAAGCCCGGUAGUGGCCGUGCUGAUGGCAAGAGGAGACGUCCCCGCCCCAAGAAUCCAAGAGCCAAACCACAAUUGUCCAAGCUCGCUGAGGAGGCCACCUCCUCAAUCGAGUGCCCAAUCUGCCUGAUGAACUAUGACGAGAACGAAGAGAGACUUCCCUCUACUUUUCGCUGUGGCCAUUCCAUGUGCCUGAGCCACAAAAGCCAAGUGAAUGGCUGCUGCCCCAUUUGCCGCACGUCGUUCCGAGGACAAGCAUUAAAGAAAAACGUGGCUUUGUGCGAGGCAGCAACGGCAAUCAACAAGUUGGUUUCAGCCAUUCAAGAGUAA